UAAUGAGUGACAGCAAAGAUGAGAGAGAAACAUUAUCAGCAACAUCCCAGAAAAUCAGGGAAACUUCUCCACCUCCAUUAUUUCUUCCCACCACUACAACUUCACCUUGUUUCUCACCUUUUGAGUUCGAAGCACAAGCAGUGAGUAGUACUAGUAACACUAUAAAAAGAAUAAGGUACACAACAACACCAACUUCAGUUUCUCAAGUUCAUCAAUGGAAGCAGCAAAACCCAAUGGGCCAGGCCCUACAAAACCCAGUAUCAAGCCCAUCUAAUCUUUCUAGCCCACAAGCUCAUCAAUUGAUUACUUCACCAGACUCUUCUUCUUCCCCUUCUCUCUCUACUAUCCCAUCAUCAUCGGCUGGGAAAGAAGAUCAAGUACAGCAGGUGAUCAGAAAAGGGAAGUAUGUAAGCCCAGUUUGGAAGCCUGAUGAAAUGCUUUUGCUUGCAAAGGGUUGGAGGAUCCAAUUCCAAGGAGAUGAUCCGGGUUCGGGUUCGAGUUCGAGUUUCGAUGUCGAAAAAGGGAGAGGGAAGAAUAGGGCAGACAAGGAUAGAGAAGUGGCAGAGUUCUUAAACAAGCAUGGAGUAUAUAGGGAUGCUAAAACAGCAGCAACAAAAUGGGAUAAUAUGUUGGGGGAAUUUAGAAAAGUGUAUGAGUGGGAAAGAGGGAGUGAAAGACUACAAGUUGGGAAGAGUUAUUUUAGGCUUUCACCUUAUGAAAGAAAGAUUCAUAGAUUACCUGCUUCUUUUGAUGAACAAGUUUUUAAGGAAUUAUCUCAAUUUAUGGGUCCCAAGAUGAGACAUUCUCAUAUUUAUUCUCCUCUUCAUCAUAUUCCAAAUUCAAGAUCAUCAUUACCUGCUUCUUUGCUUCCUCCUCACCCUUCUAAGGAUGAUAAUUCAAGUAUCUUUGUAGAAAGAACGAGGCAAAUGCAUUCUUACUUGAUGCAUAACCUAAGAAACCCUUCUCUUGGACUUGAGCCUCAUUCAUCACCAUUGAAUGUGGGGAGCUCGAUAGGCGGUGGAUCGCCGAGAACGGAGCUCCGAAGGAUAGGGAGAGCAAAGAUGACAUGGGAGGAGUGGGUAAGCUUGUGGGCGGAGGAAGGUGAGUACCAUAAAGGAAGAGUAAAAGUACAAGGCUCUAGUUUCUUAAAUGUGGAUGAGCUCCUUUACUUAGAUGAUUCUAUGGUGGCCUCAUCUUUAGAAGCCUUUGGAGAAGGCCAACUUAAGGGUUUUUCCGUCGAUCGAUUCGCCCCGGAACAACAGCUCAAGGUGUUUGGAAGGAGAAAACUUACUUCUUUUUCACCACCUUCACCUCCUCUCCCUUCUUCUGAUCUUAAUGAGAGAAUCCUUAUUGCAAUGGCAGCAGAAUCCUCUAUGAGAUGGGAAUUCCAAGAUCCGACAGAGUACUACCUUGGAUGCUUAAGAGCUCCACCAGCAACACCACCAACCUUACCUGAGCUCUCAUGGUACGUACAAGAACCUCCACCAAAAGAAUUUCGGCUUCCCCUUCGUAAGGACAUAUACCGCGAUUUACCCCAAGGGAGAGAGCUCUUCUUCACCACAUCCUUGAAUGAGCCAUUAGACUGCAAAGCCUUCACCAUAGACAUCCUUAGCUCGCUCAUUCGAUCGAUCCCGAGUUUGACUACAUCAACCUCCUCUAACCGGGAUUCCUACAUUGCCCUAUGGGAUGAUUGCAUCAACCGUGUCAUAUCAAAAUUCUGUCCCUUUGAGAUGAUGUUCAUAAGAAAACAAUCUUUCAAGUCAUUUUCUUCUGAAUCAAUUCAAGAGCAAUGGCCUAACUUGACCGGUAUGGUGAAGAAUCUUUGCUUAUGGAGAGGUGAGGAAACUGAUCAACUAAGAGAAUCACAAUCCUUUAUUGUUCCUUCAUCUUCUAUAACAAAAAAAAUAUCAUGGACCUACAAUGGUAUUCCCUAUGUUUUAGGGUACUAUGCUAUAGGACAUAAUAUCACAUUUUGUGCAUUAAGUCCAUCAUCAUUAUCAUCUUCAUCUCAAGACACUCAAAUCACUCGAACCGAUGUUUAUUCCUUAGAUCUUUCAAACCCUUCCGAAAGAAUCAAAUUGCUAGUACCAUGUUGGAGAAUUGGGAUCUUAUUAGCCACUUUAGCUGAGAAAUGCGUCAAAAAUGGAUGUCAUAGCGACUACGAACGACAAGAUUUAGGUGUUGGAAACAUAAAUGAGAUGACACCAAAGACGACGACACGAUUCUACCCUAACAAGCAAAGAUGGCAAACAACCAAAGAAAUCUACUCAGUGCUACACCAAAGAGUAGUCCCCCACGUUGAGCAACUAAUUUCCUACGACGAAGACGAAUUAGCCUUGGUGUUUAAACCAAGAGGAGUUAAAACAAAGCCAAAAAACAUGGAACAACUUGUUUUAGCCCUAAAACAAGUAGCUAAAGCAUUAGUAGCAUUACAUGACUUAAGUUUCAUGCAUAGAGACUUAUCAUGGGACAAAGUGUUAUUGGUGAUAGAUAUGGAUGUUGAGGCGAAGGAGUGGUUUGUGACAGGGUUCGAGGAGGCGGUGGGAGCUCCACAGAUAAACCCCGUGGUGGCGGUGGCCGUGGCCGAGGAUAGAGAAAAGUAUGCGCCGGAGAUGGUAAGAGGAGUGCAUGGAGUGAAAGUAGAUGUAUGGGGAAUAGGGUGUUUGAUAAAAACAAGUGAAGUAAGAUAUGAAGGACUAGUAGGGAAACAGGUAAAAGAGUUGGAACAAAAAUGCAUGGAGAUAAAUCCAGAACAACGCCCAACAGCAGCUGAUUGUUACCAUCAUCUGUUGCAGAUUCAGUUGUCGCUAUCAUCCGUGGCUUCCAUAUGCUGCUCUUGAUUUGCGGUGAAAUUUUACUGUGAGGCUAAAUACAUUACUAUUUUUCUCUUGUUCACUAGUGAACAACUGAACAUGUUCUUGGAAUAAAGUUUUUCUCUUAGAGUGAGGUUAUGGAUUUCUGACAUUUAUCAUGAGUUUGUGUAGAAGAUAAAAUUGAUCAUUGUUCAAUGGGGGUUAUUCCAGCUUACUUAUGCUAGGGUUUAACUCAAAAGCAUGUUGCAGUAUGAUAUCUACAACAUUGAAUAUUUUUACUUCAUAAUACUUCUCUAGUUUAUACAUAAUAAAUACAACAAUUUGACUUUCAUGUUGAUGAACAUAUUGCAAGUACAAUUUGACUUUCAUGUGGAUGAACAUAUUGCAAGUCAUGUGUAUCGUCAUAGGUUGUUUUAAUAUAUAAUUGCAAUAAUAAAAAAAAAAAAUAUUACAUUUGUUUCUUAUUAAUCUACUCAUGUUGUAAUUUGACACAGUUCUUAACUCUGACUAUCAUUUAUGAUUUAUAUAUCUAAGAACAACAUAUUCAUGUGGAAUCUUGUUAAACUAGUCUCAAUGUAAAAUUUUCUAAUAUAAAAAAUAUUAUAACUUUUACUUAUCGUAAAUAUAGAUAUCAAUAGUCAAUGCUUUGCAUUUGCAAGUAUGAAAGUCAAAUAGUAUCUCUAUUAUAUAAGGCAAUUAGUGGAAACACCAAAAUAUUAAAACCCUCAUUUUACCCUGUAAAAUUUAUGAACUUAGAGCAAAAGAACACAAAGAAUUAUCUCUAUCACUACUCCCAUUUCAGAGCUCAGGACUUAGAACUACUUCAUUGAAAAAUGUAGAGAAUUCUGAGAGAGUUAUUACAAUAAUACUACUCUUAGCUACUCUGGAAAGAAUACAAGAAGAAGCAUGAAAGAUUAAAUUAGAAAAUAACAACUUGUAACAAACUUGCUGAGCUGAAAUUACUAUAUACUCAACAUACACCUAACAAAUUAAGCAUAUACAUCACAUAGAACAAGAAAAAGGGGAAAAAGGAAAAAAAAAAAAAAAAAAGAAA